GACUGACUUCCGCUCUGUGGUCACCUGAUUUGUAGUGUUGUUGCUGAUGUGAAAAGAUGGCUGCGCACCUUUCGUACGGCAGAGUUAAUUUAAACAUUUUGAGAGAAGCAGCACGAAAAGAGCUUCGGGAGUUUUUGGACAAAUGUGCGGGAAGCAAGGCCAUAGUUUGGGAUGAAUAUCUGACGGGACCUUUUGGACUGAUAGCACAGUACUCUCUACUGAAGGAACAUGAAGUGGAAAAGAUGUUCACCCUCAAGAGUGGCAGGCUGCCCUCUGCUGACGUCAAAAAUAUCAUCUUCUUUGUUCGUCCCAGGCUGGAGCUCAUGGACAUCAUCGCUGAGAAUGUUUUCAGUGAGGACAAAAUGCACUCAGCAAGAGACUUCCACAUCUUGUUUGUGCCUCGGCGGAGCAUGCUGUGUGAACAGAGGCUGAAGGAGCAGGGAGUGUUAGCCUCUUUCAUUAACAUUGACGAGUAUAUCUUGGACCUGAUUCCCUAUGAUGGCGACCUGCUCUCCAUGGAGUAUGAAAGUGCUUUUAGGGAGUGCUAUUUAGAAAAUGACCAAACAAGCCUUUACCACACAGCCAAAGGCCUCAUGACUCUACAGGCACUGUAUGGAACCAUCCCACAGAUCUAUGGGAAAGGAGAAUGUGCUCGGCAUGUUGCCAACAUGAUGCUGAGGAUGAAGAGGGAAUUUGCCGGCAUUCAGAAUCAGAUCCUCCCUGUGUUUGAUACUCUCCUCCUUCUGGACCGUAAUGUCGACCUGCUCACCCCCCUGGCGACACAGCUCACCUACGAGGGUCUUAUUGACGAGAUCUAUGGAAUCACUAACGGUUAUGUCAAGUUGCCUCCUGAGAAGUUUGCACAGAAGAAACAGGGCGAGGGGAGUAAAGAUUUGCCAACAGAGCCCAAAAAGCUACAGCUUAACUCAGCAGAGGAACUAUAUGCAGAAAUUCGGGACAAAAAUUUCAACGCUGUAGGGGCAGCACUUAGCAAGAAGGCCAAAAUAAUUUCUGCUGCGUUUGAGGAGCGCCAUAAUGCCAAAACAGUGGGAGAAAUAAAGCAGUUUGUAUCUCAGCUGCCUCACAUGCAGGCAGCAAGAAGCUCGCUGGCUAACCACACAUCUAUAGCAGAGCUGAUCAAGGACAUCACCACAUCUGAGGCCUUUUUUGAUAACCUAACAGUGGAGCAGGAGUUCAUGACAGGAGUUGACACUGACAAGGUUAACACGUAUAUAGAAGAUUGCAUUGCCCAGAAAGAUCCGCUGAUCAAGAUUCUGCGUCUGGUGUGUAUGCAGUCAGUCUGUAACAAUGGCCUCAAGCAGAAAGUGUUUGACUACUACAAGAGGGAGAUUCUUCAAACUUAUGGCUAUGAACACAUACUAACGUUGAACAACCUUGAGAAGGGGGGUCUCUUGAAGCCACAGAGCAGCUCAAGGAACAACUACCCCACUAUCAGAAAAACCCUUAAACUGUGGAUGGAGGACGCCAAUGAACAGAACCCAAACGACAUCUCCUAUGUGUACAGUGGCUACGCACCACUGAGCAUUAGACUGACCCAGGUCUUGGCCAGACCAGGUUGGCGCAGCAUCGAAGAGGUGCUGAAGAUGCUCCCUGGCCCGCACUUUGAGGAGAGACAACAGCUACCAGCUGGGCUUCAUAAGAAACGCCAGCAGGGGGAGAAUCGCACAACCCUGGUGUUCUUCCUGGGAGGGGUCUCGUAUGCAGAAAUCGCAGCUCUUCGCUUCCUCUCUCAAAUGGAAGACAGCGGAAUGGAGUACAUUAUAGCCACCACAAAACUCCUAAACGGCACAACUUGGAUCAAAUCCCUCAUGGACCGACCUGAAUCCCAGACCCCCUGAGUCACGUGCAUGCACACCUGGACACAUCAAACACGCCAUCCAUCUGAAAACCUCAGCUGCUGUUUUUAUGUUUGUGUCAGUGCACUGCAGGUGUGACAUUGAUGUUUGAACCUGUUAAAAAAAAAAACAUCAUGCUCUUUAAGGUGACCAGUGGAGCUUUCUUGUAAACCAACUUAGUAAUGUUUACAGUCUGUGUUACAGACCAAAUUGUAUUCUGUAUUUCCUUCAGGCAUUACAAACAUGUCAAAAGCUUCCCUUUCUUUACAACAUUAGCAAGGUUUAUCAACCUAUGAAUUUUCAAUCUUGCAGGCCUUUCUCUUUGUUUUCUUGCUUCCCUUUGCUGGUGCUUUCAUAUGCUUAAUAUACACUAUUCAAUAACAGCAGGUUAGUGUCAUUUACCUUAGUCACACAAUGGUACUCUUUUUCUGACAUCAUGCUCAUGGUAGGAAACUCGAAGGAAUGAAGAGUAAAAGAAUGUUGUACUGCUUUGUUCCGUAUUGCACUUUUUUAAACACAUACAUUCAGACAAAUAGUUGUCACUUCAUUCACCUCUGGAUUGAUCAACAAAGAGAUAAUAUUAGUGACAAUCUUUGGGGACAUUGGGCUAUCAUUAGCAUUGAGAAACCCUCCAGCUAACAGUACUUCCUUUUUGUAUUUAUAUUCCUUUUUAUUUCAUGUAUUACUAUAAAACAGUUAUGUAUGCUAGGAAGUGGCUCAAUGCUUAUGUUAGCUGUUUCAUAAUAGUAUGGGGUUAUAAAUUGUUUUACCUUUAAAUAUUGACUAAUGUCCCUCCAUAUUUAUCUAUACACUGUCUUUUAAGUUGCUCAUCAAUUGACCCGCACUAAUAUGAUUCCUAACUUGGAACAUCAGUAUGUCAUUUUAAAGUUUCCUGUCAUGAGCGUGACUUCAGAGAAAAAUAGUUGCCUUAAGAAUAUGGAGCUUAGAGUGUCACGUAGCCUGCGGCCUUAUAUUAUUCACGUGCAUGAUACAGACAAAACGUUGCUCCAUAGCACUUCUAGGGGUCACAGACUCUCCAGGGCACCUUUAAUUUGUUUCCAGUCUGACAUUUGCUACCCAGGUAAUAGAACACAAAGUUAUUUGAGCUUCAUGCAUUUGGCUCCUGGCUAUACGUGCAUCACUGAGGUCAUGAAUCUGCUAUGGAGUAGUUGUACAUAUGUAUUUAGGAUUCAAAUAUCUGGAAAGUUUGUGGUUUGUCACGUAAGACAUGAUUAAAUACGAUUGAAGGUUU